AUGAAAUACAAGCUGGAUUGGUUUGAUAACCCAAAGAUCUGUGAAAGGGCAUUGGCACUGGUCGAUGCUCAAUUCAAAGCGGUUCCAUCUCUCCGAGAAAUCAUCAUCGAGGUUCAUGAGGAUGGCCCAAGCUCAUACAUUCGAAAGAAAAUGAAAAAUUUGAGGUGGAUACUCGUCCUGGUAGAGAUGGUGGCGCUGUGGGACACUGACGAAUCUGAGGAUGCCGUCCAGGAGUCUCCUUGA